GCCCAGAUAGUUGAAAGAAGUAAAAGAGCGUCCAUGAUGUUUGUGAAUUUCCGCCUUAUCAGAAAAUGGCAACUUGUCCAGCUGAUAACGACUUGCCUUGUGUUGUCAGUGGUCAUGCUGUGGUGGGAAAGGCUCGAUGGUACUGUCGUGAGUCACAUGAAAUCCUACUCCUACCGUUACCUGCUGAACAACGUUAACUUCAACAACAGUUUCACUAUUAGCCGGGAAGAGGCUCGCAAAUUCAGCGAUCAUCAGUACCUGAUAAACCACAGGCAUAAGUGUGCUGACAGAGAUGUUCUGCUCCUGUUGUUUGUGAAAAGCUCCCCGGAAAACAUUGAAAGGAGACAGGCCAUUCGCUCUACAUGGGGAAAUGAGACAUAUAUUGAGAGGACACUGGGUGUGACUGUGAAAGUCUUGUUUGCCUUGGGUCUUGACCCUCAGCCUCAACAAAGGAAGAAGCUUCAGCAGAACCUGCUUCGUGAGAACCAGAGCCACCAGGACCUGAUCCAGCAGGAUUUCAUUGACACCUUCCACAACCUCACCAUUAAGCUUCUCCUGCAGAUUGGCUGGACGCACACUUACUGCAGCCAUGCUCGGUUCUUCAUGUCUGCCGAUGACGACAUCUUCGUUCACAUGCCCAACUUGGUCCGCUACCUGCAGAAAGCAGAUCGCAAAGGAGUGCAAGACUUCUGGAUUGGCCGAGUGCACCGAGGAGCCCCUCCUAUUAGACGCAAAGACAGCAAAUAUUAUGUUUCCCAAGAGAUGUACCCUUGGUCCUUGUAUCCAGACUAUACCCCUGGAGCUGGAUAUGUGGUCUCCAGAGAUGUUGCCUCAAAGGUAUACCAGGCGUCUCGCACUCUGAAUGCUUCAUUAUACAUAGAUGACGUCUUUAUGGGCAUUUGUGCCAGUGCUAUGGGUAUCUCUCCCAAAGAGCAUGUUUUCUUCUCAGGUGAGGGUAAGGCUCCCUAUCACCAUUGCAUCUACAAUCAGAUGAUGACGUCACAUGGGCAUGUAAAGGACAUCUAUGAACUCUGGAGGAAUGCCACGGACCCUGAGGUCAGAAAGGUGUCCUCUGGAUUUCUGGGAAUGUUGUAUUGCACGCUGGUUAAAGUGAAGCUCCUUUGUAAACCGUAUUUCUUUAAUACGUACCCAUGCAAGGCAGCUUUUCUGUGA